AUGCUUGGCCGACUCUUGAGUACCGCCGCGUCGACUCUGAAUCCGGCGGCAUACUCUGGACGAAGCAAUGGAACGCCUCUCGAGUCUGUGACUGAAGAGGAACAUACCUCCGGUCUUCUUUUCCCCGACGCCAGCCUCCUUCGACGUUCCAAUACCCAUGCCUUUCCGUUGCAGACGACUUUCAAUUCCCCCAAUGCCUCGACCGCUGGUGCAUAUGAUGAUCGUGGGGGAAUGGAAUUGGAUCCAAUUAAAGAUUUUCGUGUGAUUGUUGCACAAAAUGCAUUGGGCGACCGAGAUGCAUGUGUCCUACUUGACACUCGCAACGAUCAGUCCGGUCUUAGACAUACUCGAGCUGUCUCAAGUCUUUCUCGUGGAACACGUCGCAACCUUCUCACUCAAUCCUCCCUCAUCGAAUCGAGUCCACUCUCCGCAACUGCAGAUGCACGCAGAUCGUCACCAGCCGGCCCGGGUGCUUUUUCCCGGGCUCGAGGCCGUAGCUCUACACUGGCGCCACCGGGAACAUGGCAUGACCCUGGCCCAUCACGACACUCCUCCGAUUCCAAUGAUACUGGCCUUCUGAACUGCAUUUUCGGCAGCAGCGCCUUCAGCUACCGGGGGUCGUCUACAAAAAUGCAUAUAAUUUCCGCUGAUGAAAGCCCGGCGACUGGGGUGAGUGCAUCACCUGCUGCCCGCAGCCCACUUUCCCGGGCCUACACCACAGGCAGUCCCUCAGCUCCUAUAGGAGGAGCCCGAGGAGUGGACGACAAGCCACCAUCCAAAGUCACAGUUCUCUUGACUCGCAUGUUUAGUGUGAAUCUUCCGGAAGGAGCGGAAGCAUCGGCUGAGCGACAUGACUAUGCCAGUGCUCUUUACCAAGAGUCAUUGCCCGAGAUGGAGUUCCCAUUCCCGGAUGUUUCUAAGCGCAAGAAAAUCAAGGAAAAGAAAACACCGAUGUACGCGGUUGCAAUUACAAUUCAGAUCCCGUUGCUGCCACGCAAUACCGGACGUCCUGUAUCAAGGUUCAGUACUCCAGGCCCAGACUCUCCUCGGCCAGGGUUUUCAAGCUCGCUGGAUUCUGAUCACCGCUGGCCGGGUGGGUUUUUCGAUGAUAGUCUAUCCUCUGCCUCGCCACCGGCUAGCCUGGAUGAGCGCCUGGACUUGUUAGUUGAUCAUUGGGACGUCAUCACUCGUACACUCUCCCACCUCGAAAGACUUGUUCGUAACGAAAUUCUCUUUCUUUUGAAGAAGGUGGACUCUUUAUCCGGGCCACACCCGAAGCCUGCGAAGCCUCCCAAUAUGCAGCGGACUAACCAGACCAUUGUGCAUUUACCUGCCAACAUUCUAUCGGUCAAUUCGAAGCUCAAAGAGGAAGCCAUUCGCAGCUCUCGCCGGAUCUGCCUUGCUCUUCAAACCCCAUAUGUGGUCACUGGACAAAGUCGUUGGGGCGUCUGGCGGGAGGAAGGCCGCUCAAUUGUCCGUGGUCUUGGCGACAAAGAGCAGAACUUCUUCUUCUUGGUCGUCUUGACAGCAUUUUUGGGGAACCAUACCGAGUGGCUCAACAGCCUUGGGCCCGAGUGGUAUCGUCGCCGCCAUAUCCAGCAGCACAAAGCUCAGCAGGAUAGCGAACUCAUCCUUGCAAACAGAACAGUCAUUGUAUGCCCAGAUAAGAUGACGGCUCGUCGCCUCGUGUUCUUACUAGCAGCUUUCUUGCCCUCGAAGCAACGACUGGAGCCGUUACCUUCCCCUCUGAGACCCGGCACAUCGGCCUCAAUGCGUGCUAUCUCUCAAAGCCCACCGACUGUGCCUGUCCUCCGACAGGAGUCUCUUCGGAGAGCGAUCGAACGACGAGCUCGUGCUCAACGAAUGAUCAUGGGCGAUAACGAGCAUCACCAGCGAUCAGUGAGCGUUUCGUCUCAGGAGACAGCCCAGCGGUCAAUAGAUGGAGCUGAAAUAACCCCACCAGCGGAACACUCGGCCUCGGCCCGCAGAGGAUCUGAUGCUCGCUCCAUCAAACCCCCCGGAUCAAACAUCCAUCCGAAGGAUGCUCGGGCCAUGAAUACGAGCGGGGCAACUACUUCUAUGAUCACUCAGAGCAGCACUGUUCCUGUUCCCCAUUUUACUUCUCAGCCAAGCCAUUCCACUCAGGCUAGAACAGAGCGCAGCGCAGCUGAAGGCAGCGAUAGCCUAGCAUCGGAGACUCUACUGAAGAGCCUUCAGCGAAGUGACAGCUCUGCAGUGAGCACAAACGGCAGCUUUUCUUCAGCUGGAGGCCGCUGGGGCGGUAUUUUCUCCGGUCUUUGGAGCUCCCGCCAAGGCUCAUCUACCGACAGUACCGAGCCAUAUUCCCCAUCUGAAGCUCGCAAAAGGUCCGUCUCUACAAUAUCUGGUCCUGCUAGACGCGGGUCAACCACUUUGACUCGAAUGGUGAAGGAAGUCACAGAACAUGAGGAUGAGCACCGGCCUGAAACAGCCCCCAGUGGAAACAUUUCAAUUCCAACUGCUUCUGCUGCCGCUCCUCACAAUACCGAGCCCGCCUCGCCAGAACCAUCAUCGCUCACCAGCCAAGUUCGAGAGUCGCCUUUGAAGUUGUCAGUCCGAGCGGAGGAAGGCGUGGUGGACGUUGACCUUCCACUUCCAGGUUUCAUGUCACUUUCUUCGUCCGGUGAUUCGACUAUUGCCUCGCCAAAGAAGACUCGAACAUCCGUCACUAGUAUGGAUGCAGUUGCUUCUACGCACAGCAGUGGCUCCGGAUUUCCCGGUACCAUGAAGGAUAGCGAUGGACCGACUGCCCAUGUGGCUGGUUGGUUGAAAUUUUUCCACGAGGAUUUCUCGCUCCAAGCGGUCCGGCCUUAUGCUUCUCUUGAAGCAGAAAUCAAACAAGCAAUGCGGGCUGAACCAUCCCCGUACAUCCCCUCCACAUCUGAUGUGGACGGAUCAGAGAAAUGGGUAGAUGUUGCGACAACUUUGAUUGCAGACACCAAGGCUUCUAUGGUGAAACGACUUCGUUUGCGACGCAAGAUCAUAGUGGCUGCCUCGGCCUCGCAAUUCACCAGCUUCUUUUCUGGGCAUGAUAAGCCGACUCACGGCCUUGGUACUGAUGAACGGGAUCAGAGCUUUGUGGAAGAGCGGUUCGUCGAGGAGCCUGUGAUGGACCUCGACGGAGUUCUAGUUGACGCUGUUGAGCGUGUCUUGGGACAGAGCGGUUACUCCUCAAUGGCACAGUCACGUGCCCCUUCGCCUAACCGUGCUCGUAGAGCUGAAGACAAAGGCCCCUUCCCUAGAGGCGAUGAAGCCCCUCCCCUUGAGGUGCCUCGUGGUGAAUGCCGCAAGAUGGUGCUUGGGGCCCUCGAAGAAGUCGUCCGCCUUGUUACCGCCGAACACUGCCGUGAAGAUGUGGACAGCACACUCGGGCUUGCCGACCGCGAGCGGAGAAGAGCACAAUCAGGUGUUGAUAAUACGUUGCGUGAAGGAAUCCGAAAGUGGCUCCUUGACGUCGAAGAAGUUUGGUGA